AUGGGUCUACAUGGUGCAGCAUCAGCUCUAACGUGGAACUUGUUAAAGAUGCCAGUUGAUGGGCCUGACUUGAAACCUGUGGAAUUACGAUUUCUUAGAGGACUGUUGACAUUCAGGGAUGUGGCCAUAGAAUUCUCUCAGGAGGAGUGGGAAUGUCUGGACCACACUCAGAGGGCCUUGUACAGGGACGUGAUGUUCGAGAACUACAGGAACCUGCUCUCCUUGGGUCUUGUUGUCUCUAAGCCAGAUCUGGCCAGCUUUUUGGAGGAAAUGAAGGAUCCCCAGGUUGUGAAGAGGAAGGAGACAAUAGCCAUACCACCAGGUAGGUGGGAAUGA